AUGGAAGAAGAUAUAGAUUUUAUUAAAGCCAAUCAAGGGAACAUAAGUGAAGAUCCUUAUGACUUACAAGAAAAACCAGUUAGGAUAGAGAAGAAAAAGAAGCAACUUACAGCACCUGAUUCUGGUCUACAGUCAAUUGAUACAAGUUUUGCUAUUGUUACUUCACAACUAAAGAAAGAAAAAGAGACAAACAAGAGAUUAGAAGAGAAACUAAAAAAUCCUACAAUAGAUUUACAGGAUCAGAAUGCAGCAUUAGCAGAGAAUAAGAGAGAGAUGGAGCAUUUGCAAGAUCAGAUAUCAUCAACUAGUGUACAGUUACUAAUGAAAAGGGAAGAGAGUGAAGCCAUGAAAGCUAAUAUAAACAAAGGAAAACAGGUUCUUUCCAAUCAAGUGAAAUUAUUUUCUGAGAAGGAAGAGAAGGAUGCCAUGAGAGCUGCUAUGAAUGAAAUUUUUUCCAAGAAAGGUCGUGGUGAAACAGAACUACCUGAUGGUGAAACAGAACUACCUGAUGGUGAAACAGAAUUACCUGAUGAUGAUGAUUACCUUUUCUCAGUAGAAUAUCCGACUGUUGAGCCCCAACAUCAUCCAACUAGAGAUGCUGCACGGCACCCUGACAAUGCUAGAAAAAAGAACAGAUACACCAACAUAUUAGCUUAUGAUCAUUCUCGUGUCAAGUUAACAGAAGAUCCAAACGUCCCCGGCUCAGAUUAUAUCAAUGCAAACUACAUUGAUGGCUAUAAAAAGGAAAACGCCUACAUUGCAUCUCAAGGCCCAGUCCCUCAGUCCAUUGUUGAUUUCUGGC